AUGGCAAGUCGCAUGACCGCCUAUCCAUUUAUGAUUUCUGAUUCGCUUCUCUUGUUCUCUCUUGCUGAAGCACUUCCCCAACCCGUGUCGGACCUUGUAAAUCCCAUCACCGGGCUUCCUCAACUCUCUGAGGCGCGCGUUCUCGCAUAUGCCAAGUAUCUCUCGGAGGAUAUAGGGUACCGUACGGUCGGUACCCGCGAGCAUGCGUUAAGCGAUGCCUGGAUGGUGCAGCAAGCGGAAGAGUUUCGUUCACAGUGCGAGGAUAUUGUGCGCGCAUAUCCUGACCGGAAAUUAGAAUGUGAGGUCUGGCACCAACGAGGGAGUGGGAGCCAUCGGUUUGAUAUGAUGGGACAUCGACUAUACAAGACUUAUGUCGACCUCACGAACAUUAUUGUCCGCGUAUCAGACGGGACACCAGAAGGGAAGGAACACGCGGUUUUAGUGAAUGCACACUUGGACAGUACAUUACCGUCCCCUGGCGCUGCGGACGAUGCGCUUCCAGUGGGCAUAAUGCUGGAGUGUAUGCGUGUGUUGGCUCAUACACCAGACUGGAAACCCACACAUGCCAUCAUUUUCUUUGGAGUGUUCAACAAUGCAGAAGAAUCUUUGCAAGAUGCCUCACACCUGUUUUCUACUCAACACCCAACAGCGAGCACUGUCCGGGCUGCAGUUAACCUUGAAGCCGCGGGUACGACAGGAAGAGAAAUACUCUUCCAAGCGACAUCGGAGCAAAUGAUUCGUGCAUAUGCUCGUGUUCCAAGGCCCUUUGGGACCAUUGUUGCGAAUGAAGUUUUCAGUUCAGGGAUCAUUCUAUCCGACACCGACUUCCGUCAAUUCGAGCAGUAUCUCAACGUCACUGGGCUUGAUGCAAGUUCAAUGUUUCUGAUAGCCAUAGUUGGGAAUAGCUACUUAUAUCAUAUGCGUAAGGAUGUCGUGGAAAAUAUCGAGCCAGGAGUUGCUCAGCAUAUGGGCGAAAACGUUCUUAGUCUUCUACUCUACCUCUCAUCACCGGAGUCCCCUCUUCCAACUCUAACCGAGGGGUAUAGUCCUCCUAGCACUGUCUUCUUCCAAUUCCUUGGCCAGUUCAUCAUCUAUUCAUUUCGCGCCGCCAAAAUCGCGUAUACCUCGUUAUUUGUUCUCUCCGCUGUCUUCAUUCGUCUUGCAUACGUUAACCCGGCGCCGGCGCUGAAGAAUGGCAAGAGUAUCCUGGGUGAACAAAUAAAGAGCGCGCUGGCUGUAUCAGCUGCUGUGGUGGGGGCCUUUGUUGGUGCGAAUGUAGUCGCUGCUACAAUGGUGAACGUUCUAGGCAAGGGAAUGAGCUGGUUCUCAUCCGAGCGUGCAUGCGUCUUCCUUUAUGCACCUGCGGCGCUUACUGGUGCACUUAUUUCUCAGUUGCCAAUGGGCCGAGUCAGGGAACACUCAGCAUUCUGCUCAGUACUGCUGUUACAGUCAUUCCUCGCAUGUGUGGGCCAACUUGCAGGCAUUGGGUCUGCGGGUGUUUUUGCUCUUUCAGGCUUUCCAAUACUUGUGGCUCUCGUACUGAAUUCCAUGCUGACGAAGCCUGGCGAUGACCUUUCGUUGUGGAGUUAUGUUGUCGCAAUGUCUACGCCUCUCUCAUUGGGCGCGCAAAUGUACUACAUUACUCUGGAUGUAUUUGUCCCUCUGACUGGUCGGAUCGGUGAAGAGGCACCCGCAGAAUACAUUAUUGCGUCCAUCGUUGCCGGAGCCGGGGCAUAUGCAAUUCCCCUGCUUGUGCCUUUCGUACACCGCUUUGGGCGCCGUACAAUCGUACGCGCCGCGCUUCUAUUUUCUAUGACUAUCGCGGUCAUGAUGGCCGUGUUUUCAAUGCGAUCACCUUUCGACUCGAUGCAUCAGAAACGGGUGUUCGUCAUACACAUGGAAAAUGUCACAACACAAGAGCAGCAUCUCCAUGUCGCUGCCGCAGAUGGUGCGCCUGGAUUUGAACUCCUCGCUCAGAGCAUCGCGCAAGAAUUCAGUGUGCCUGGGGCAAUACCAGCGCCUAUGAAUAUGAGUGCUUGGAAUAAUGACUGGGACACCUUGUAUCCAUUCUCCGCUUUCUUGACGCCUUACAAGUUCGAGCUACCCCUUAGACCGGAAUACUUGGAUGCCCCGGAGCAUUCUUUCAAUAUAUUAGCAGCUAAUGAUACUAUCGAUAGAAUAGCAGGCACUAGAAGUUUCACCAUCGUGGUGGACCAUCCUGGUAUAAUUUGGACAUCCAUCACUUUCGAAGCGCAUGUCUUACAAUGGACACUGGAUAACAACCCGCCAGACGAGUAUGCGCAACACUACAUCAAAGAAGGCUCUUUCUACGGGCACGAUACAUGGAAGAUGGACCUCGUGAUCAAGAUACCGGAGCACGAUCCCGAUGCGCGCAUUCGCGUGAACUUUGUGGGGAUUCACGAAAAAGCGAUGUGGCCGGCAAAGAAAGCGGAGAAAGCGGAGGGAGGUAGAGCUAUGCAGCUGUUCGAGGAGUUUGAUGCCUGGAUAGACAGGGAGAUGGAAGGCAAAGUAGAUGCACUACUGAUCGGAUGUGUGGGGGGAAUUACGACGGUAUGA